AUGAAGACAACACCACCACCCUCUUGUUCUUAUCACACACACUCCUUCUUCUUAACCGUCAUUCUCAUCAUAACCGCCGCAAAUGCCAUCGGCUCCGCAUCCACCACCGCCGUCAUCUACGCCUCAUCUACAGUCUGCGCCAUCGUUGCCGGCAACAUCAACCAAUACAUCCACUGCUACCAACAAAACCAGCACAAGAAUUCUCAUUAUUAUUAUGGAGAUGUUGCACCGGUGGAUGAGGUGGUUCCACACGUGUCCUUUGAAUCCAUCUCCGGCGGUCAAAGCUUCUUCUGCGGUCUCCGGUCCGGUGGACUCAGCCUUCUUUGUUGGGACGUGGACGGCGGAGCAUCGGUGUUGGUGCCGAAGAGGAUCUUCCACAGUAAAAUAGUGCAGUUAACCGAUCUAACUGUUGGUGAUUCUCAGGUUUGUGCUAGAGAGUCUCAAUCUGGUGUGGUAAGGUGUUGGAGAGGAGGCCGCAUUGAAAAUGGAUUCAAAUUUUACUCACCUGGUAAGGACCUUAGGUUCAAAAGCAUCACUUCAGGGUCUGGUUUCUCUUGUGGGGUAUUAAUGGAUAAUGGAAAGGUUCAUUGUUGGGGUAACAACAUUAGUAGUCAAAUUCAAGCACAAUUUGAUAAUAUUUCUAUGUCAAAGGUGAUUGCUGGGGUGUCACAUGUUUGUGGCUUAACAAUCUAUGAUGGGUUCUUAAUUUGCAAAGGGAACAAUGAUUCAGGCCAAUUGGGUCCUAAUUUAAAUUCAAGUUCUUAUUAUUCAGAGUUUUCAGGACUUGCAUUGGGAGAAGAUUUCACUUGUGGUAUUAGAAGAAAAAAUGGAUUUGUCCUAUGUUGGGGUGGUGCUGAAGAUACCAAAAAGUUUGAUUUGUUUAAUGAUGUUUCUUUCGAGUCAAUUGUAGCUGGUUUGGAUUUUGUUUGUGGGGUAACAACCAUGAAUUUGUCUUUGAUUUGUUGGGGUCCUGGUUGGUCUAAUAAUAAUGGUACUAAUUAUGAGAUUCCAUUGGGAAUUGUUCUUCCUAGUCCAUGUGUUAGAGCUGGUUGUGAUUCUUCUUGUGCUUCAUAUCCAAAUUCUGAUUAUUUGUGUCAUGGUUCUGGAACUAUUUGCUAUUCAUGUCAUGACAGUCAAAUUCCACUAGCUAUGCCAUUGAUUCUACCACCACCACUACCAUCGUCAACACAGGUUUCUAAUGUUCAUCACAAAAACAUGAGGGUGAUUUUGGUCAUUUUGAUUGUUGGAUCAAUUGGUGCUUUUUCUGGUUUAUGCACUAUUCUUUAUUUCCUUUGGAUUGGAGCUAAAAGACUAUUCUUAAAGAAGAGAGAUGUUGAUAAUUCAGAGCAACCUCAAAGAAGUGAUGAUUCUGAUGAUGAUGAUGAUGAUGCCUAUAUUGAAUUGGCUCCACUGCCGGCGAAUCGCGCAUCAAAUGCAACAUUAGGAUCACUGAAGAGACAUAGGAGUGUUGGUAGUUCAUCGUCAUCAAAGCAUAAUUUGGAUAAGAUUGAAAAUUUUUCAUUACAUGAAUUAGUCAUAGCCACUGAUAAUUUUUCAAAUGAUAACAAGAUAGGUUCUGGAAGCUUUGGCUCUGUAUACAAAGGGAAGCUAGCCGAUGAUCGCGAAGUUGCCAUCAAGAGAGGAGAUAUUGUUUCUAGCACAAAGAAGAAAUUCCAAGAGAAGGAAAUUGCAUUUGAUUCAGAAUUGUCAUUGUUAUCGCGGCUUCAUCACAAGCAUCUUGUGAGACUAAUAGGUUUCUGUGAGGAGAAUGAAGAGAGGCUCUUGGUUUAUGAGUACAUGAGCAAUGGAUCAAUCCAUGAACAUUUACAUAACAAGAACAAUGUUGAGAAAAAUAGUAGCAUUUUGAAUUCUUGGAAGAUGAGGAUCAAAAUUGCAUUGGAUGCUGCCAGGGGAAUUGAGUACAUUCACAACUAUGCUGUUCCACCAAUUAUCCAUAGAGAUAUCAAAUCCUCAAAUAUACUAUUGGACUCAAAUUGGAAUGCUAAGGUUUCUGAUUUCGGAUUGUCCCUUAUUUGGCCGGAGACGGAACAAGAUUCGACUCCUAUAAAGGCGGUUGGCACAGUUGGUUACAUAGAUCCGGAAUACUAUGAAUUGAAUGUGUUAACAACAAAAAGUGAUGUGUAUGGUUUAGGAGUGGUUAUGUUGGAGCUUCUAACGGGAAAAAGAGUUGUGUUCAAAUUAGAUGACGAGAGUAGUCCUGUGGGAAUAGUAGAAUAUGCAAGGCCAAAAAUAACAAAAGGGGAAUUAUGCAGUAUUUUGGACUAUAGAAUUGAAAAACCUAAUGUUAACGAGCUUGAGGCUCUUAAGAUUAUGACUUUCAUUGCUAUACAUUGUGUGAAUUUAGAGGGAAAAGAAAGGCCUGAAAUGGCUGAAGUUGUUGCUAACUUAGAGAGGGCAUUGGCUUUUUUGGAGGGUAGUUCUAGUACCAGCCUCUCUAUUGUUUCAUGUUCAAAAUCGGGUCACAAAAUUUGA